AUGGGUGCAGUCACCGAGCGGCUGCGUAACCGCAAGACCACCCACGUGGUGGAGGAUAUGCGCCCUGUUGAUGCCGAUCAACAGGGCCAAGCAAAUGAGUCUGACGAGGCGAUCCAAGAGUCUAAAGAGACUACCAAAGAUGCGACGAUCGGCGUUCAAAAGGCCGAGGCGGUAGCUCUUGUCUGGGGCAAGAAGGCGGUCUACAUGACCUAUGCAUGGAUCUGGGUGUGCUAUUUUAUGCUGUCGCUGCACGAAUACAUCGGCUCCAAUGUCCUUUACUACGCGUAUUCGAGCUUCGACCUGGCGCCGCAGGUCACAACAGCAGGAAUCCUGGCCAGCAUCGUAGGCGGCGUGCUGAAGCUGCCCAUUGGUAAAGUGUUGAGUCUUUGGGGCCGCGCUGAAGCCUUGAUGGUGUUUGUCGGUGUAUACGUGCUGGGGAUGAUCCUGUUGGCAGCCUGCAAUGGCCCCAACACGUAUGCGGCCGGGUACGUGUUUUACUGGGUUGGAUUCGAUGCCAUCUAUCUCAUCCUGGAGAUCUUUAUUGCCGAUACCGCAGGCCUGCGCAACCGGGCGUUUGCCUUUGCCUUCUCCACGACCCCAUACAUCUGUACGGCCUUCACCGGUUCUCUGGCCGCCGAGUCGUUCAUCAAGACCUCGGGAUGGCGCUGGGCAUACGGCGCCUUCUGCAUCAUUCAGCCCUUUGUCUUUGCGCCCCUGAUCAUUAUUUUCAAGUAUUAUGAGGCCAAGGCUCGUCGCCAGGGUAUCUUCGCCCAUCAGCCCAGCGGGCGAACUGUGCCGCAGUCCAUCAUCCACUAUCUCCAUGAGUUUGACAUCAUUGGCGCCCUUUUGCUUAUGGCUGCCUUUAUUCUCUUCCUCCUCCCCUUCAGCAUGGCCAGCUAUGGACGCACUGAAUACCACGACGCGACGUUCAUCGCGCAGGUCGUCGUCGGCUUCUGCCUGUUCUUCGUCUUCGCUGCCUGGGAGAAGUGGCUUGCCCGCACUCAUUUCAUCCCGUACAGCCUCCUCUUUGACCGGACCGUGCUGGGCGCCUGCUUGCUGGCGGCCUUCCUCUACUUCAGCUUCUAUCUGUGGGAUAGUUACUUCUAUUACUUCGUCAUGGUUGUCUAUAACCUCUCCGUUAAGGAUACUGGAUACGUGACGGCCACGUACACCAUCGGUUCCUGCUUCUGGUCCCCCAUUUUCGGUAUCUGGAUCCGCACCGUCAAGGAGUUCAAAUACUCCUGUCUCUUCUUCGCCGUGCCCCUGAUGCUGCUUGGUUCUGGCCUCAUGAUCCAUUUCCGCGGUGAUGGAGGCGGUGGCGAACUCGGAUAUGUCAUUAUGUGCCAGAUCUUCAUUGCCUUCGCAGGGGGCAUGCUGGUCAUUGGUGAGCAGAUGGCGGGAAUGUGUGCCGCUGACCGCGACCACAUCCCUAUUGUUCUGUGCAUUAUCAGUCUGUUCACUAGCAUUGGCGGCGCCAUCGGGUACGCUGUCUCUGCCGCCAUCUACGCCAACACUUUCCCUCACGCCCUGCGCAGCGCUCUCCCUGCCAGUGCUAAGGAUGACUGGGACGCCAUCUAUCUGGGCGGGUACACCACCCAGAUGACCUAUGCUCCGGGCACUGAGAUCCGUGAUGCCAUCAACUACGCCUGGGGCUACCAGCAGAAGUAUGGCGCCAUUGCCUCUACCUGCGUGCUUGUUCUUACCAUCCCGGCUGUUCUCAUGUGGCGCCACUACCGUGUCGAUCGCCUGCAAAACAAGGGUGUCACUUUGUAA